UCAAAAUGCAGAGCACCGAAACGAAAGUUGUUGAUUGUUGCGUGAUUGUUGAAUCCGUGUGAGGUGACUGGUUGUAGCAAGUGACAUUUAUCUUUUAGUGAAAUUACAAUAUUGGAAGACACAACGUACAUCGGUGUUCACGCCUUACCGUAACAGUGCAAGUGGGACUCAUUCUAAUUUGCGCUUUUUGUGUGACGCUAGCACGAUCCGGUGAGCCAAACAUGGCUGCCCUGAGGCAGCGGCCUUCUCGUCUUGUAUGCCAAAGCCAGACACUCAGCUGCAUGGUCUCGGUACGGGUCGGCCACCCAGCAUUUGGGUUUCGUCUUCGCCCCUCGGAUGUCGGGCCGCGACAGGCUCUCAGCCCAAUGUUGACAUGGCAGAUCAUCUCCACGAGGUCCCUGAAGCAGCCAUAGUCUAUCUGUGAACGUCAACCAUGUACCGCCAGCGUGACUUCAAUCCGCGCACCCAGCGCCCGGCACCUUCGUAAACGCAAAAGCGCUAGUUUCGGGGACGCUACGUGCUUCAGUGCUGUCUGCGAGACUUUGUCGUGGUUGAACUGGGGACGUGGUGUCGUGGUUGACGUAAGAAGGACCUGACUUGGUGAGGAAUUUGGAUCGUGACACAAACUAAGUCGGUUUUGGACAACCGUUUGCCCAAUGAACGGUCAUUGCUGUUGACCCGUAUUUGUAUUUUAACUGUGGCGUAUUUAUGGCUAAGUGACAGCUGAAUUUUGACGUACGUUGGUGUACCUUAAGCUAAGAGCGGAUUAAGUUAAGCGCAGUAAGCUGGACCUGAUAUAACUCAACCGCGCACUGCGCUCGCGAGAAUCCUUUUGUUUGUGCCCUGUCAGUACCUGUCUAGCGGCUAGUGUUAGCUUGCCUCCAGAUCAAAGCAAGGCCAGUGCAAGCCAGUACCAAGCCUGGCGGAUAAGUUCAGUGCUUAAACUGCUUGGCCAAGACCUGGUCAGUACCUGAAAGAGCUCAGGACUCUAUCGAUGUCCCGCGAUUGUGGGCGUCUUGCUAAGUGCUCAAGACGAAGUGCUUAAUUAGGAGUUAGGACAUCCUGACCAGCAAGUUACCGCGACUCACCUUUCAUCUGGUUUCGUUGUGGAAAAAGCUGUGACGGUUUGAUGUUGGCAAAGUGACGGUGGCCGCGGCCGCCCUGUGACGACUUUCGUUACGGCUUCCGUGACGAAGCCGGCUAUAGACGCUCUGCGUUGGAACUGGGGGCAUUGUGGACAGAACAGUGGUGGGCCCCAUAAGCGUAAGACCGAAACCACCUUCUCACUGAGAAGGUAACUGAAGUCCUCAUCAGUGAGGAUACGAGAAGGACGCCGAAACUUCUCGGAAGCGCGAAGAGACUUCUUCAGGAAGCUAAUCGAGAGUCGAAGAGGAGGACAGGACCUUGCAGAAGCGAAGACGCUUUCUGGAGGUCGAAUAAUCUACGAGAUCACACACAGUGAGCCGACCGAUACAUCAAAGGUUUGGAGCAAUGGGACAUCAGGAGUCUCCCUUCUCACCGUUCGCCGAGGCACCUCCGUCUAGGAAGGAAACAUCCAAAAAGUCUGGCGCUCAAUACAGCCGCGACAGUGUACCCGUAACGGGCGCCAAACGGGUGUACGGAGUGCCUCUGGAACAGCUGGUCAUCGCCGGACACUCCGGAGUGCCCCGAGUGGUCGCCCGACUCUGCCACUUCAUAGAGAGACAUGGAAUGCAGACGGAUGGGCUAUUCAGGACACCGGGAAACCAGCGUUCGAUUGCCAAAAUCCGAGCGGAUUUUGACAUGUAUGGAGACAGCAACCUGGAAAGAUAUAAGGACGUGGCGGCGGCGGCCGGAUGUCUGAAGAUGUUCCUCCGCGAACUGCCAGAGGCGGUCGUUCCUACUCGCUUCACUGAAGACUUCGUAGCUGCCCUGCGUGAGGAGGGGAGCCCGCCCCGGCGCUGUGAGCUGCUCUCUGCGCUAGUUCACUCUCUCCCGCCGGCUCACUACGCUCUGCUCCGGUUCCUCUGCUCUUUCCUGCGCCGGGUCACCAACUUCCACAGCGCUGUCCAUAUGUCAGCCGACACACUGGGCAUCAUAUUCGCCCCCAAUGUGUUUCGUCUCUCUGCAAGGGAAGGGGGCGCCCCCUGUCUGGAGCAACAGGCUGCCAUCAACCGAAUACUGGCCCAGCUCAUACACAACUACGACAGAAUCUUUAACGACCUCGGACAGCGUCAUCGGCCGGGCUCCAGCGAACCCCCCAGCAGCGGCAGAGAGCGUGGCGACGAGAGCGACGCCAGCGCCCCUAGCGGAGACAUCCAGAAACGUGUCGACAAAUCAAUCCAGUCUGCUGUGACCUCUCACCUGCUCGGUUCAGUACACGCCGGUGGCAUUGUCGACCCCCGGCGAGAGGCUGGCGACCGUAAUGAAGAGCCACCCUGCAAGAGGCUAGAGGGGGAACGCUUUGCCGAGGGUCGCGCGGCUAGCUUUGAGAGUCUGGGUCGGACGCAUCACACGUCGUCAAGGCGGUCCUCGCACCAGCCGUGGCCAGCCACACCCCUUCAGGACUGCGUGCGACGCGCCAACAACCACGAUGACGUCACGACCAAUGAGCGCGAGCCGGCAGCUGUCACGUGGCCGCCCUCGGUCGAGACGGAGCCAAUCACCGUGCCCAGCUCGGAGCGGUCACAGGGGUACGACCUGCCGACGCCGUGGUCGCCCGUCUACACAGACGAGGUCAUUGACGAGUCGUCCCCCACCUCCAGCAGCGGCAGUGACUGCGCCGACACGCCGCCGGCCAUCAUGCAACAGAUCAUGUGUCGUCACGAGCAGCAGCGUGAGUCUGAGCGGCUGGCCACGUUCCCCCGCUCCAGGGAUAAGGCGGUGCGGCCGUCGAGGGAAGUCCGCCGCCGACGCCACAGCCGUGGGGAUGGAAAGGACUCCUCUGUGAGCAGCAGUCAGCCGGAGGACGCCGAGGAGGAGUUUGAGGAGGAGGAGGAGCUCUCCGACUCGGAGGGAAUUCCUCCGCUGGAUCUGGACAGUAUGGCCGGAUCGGAGCCCAUCCCCAGCUCUGUGCUGAAGGGCAGGCAGCUGACUGAGGACGAAGCCAUUCUCUCCCCUCGCAAUUCGUUCGUUCUGCCGGAUGCCGAGUUCACGGAGCAGCAGGCCAAGCUGUGCUCGCGCUUCAACGAGCGCCUGCCGGCUUCACCCGGGGCCUCGAGCCCCUCGGAGCCUCGCUCCCAUCAGCUGCGUCAGACCAUCGCCAGUGCCAAGCGGAAAAUCCGCGCCUACGAGGAGUCCUUCGAGCGUCGCUUCGGCUACCGGCCUUCGCACGCCGACAGAGCCAAAGACCGCGAGGUCAAGCGCUGUCUCUCUGAGCUGAGCAAGGCCAGACGCGACCUGAAGGCUCUGAAGCAGGACCCCACGCCGACUCCCGCCAGGCCGGUGGAGCGGGUCGACACAACGCUCGCCGGAAAGGAGAACCGCUCGCCGCCCGAGGGCGAGGGAGAGGGAGAGGGCGAGCGGACUCUGCAGCAGACUGUGGCCGAUGUGACCAGGCGCCUGACUGAGAAACGCGAGACCGCCGGCCGUCCCACUGAGCCCGACCGUAUGUCCCGCGAGCAAGUUCUGGCUGAGAAGCUGGCCCUGCAGAAGGCGCUGCUGUGCCUCGAGGAGCGUCACGGCCGGCCCGCUCACAAACGGGACAGGGACAUGGUGCGCCCGCUGUACGAGAGGUACCGGCUCGUGAAGAGGCUGGCCAUCAAGUCGGGAUCGCCGAAGCUGCGCGACUCGAUUGGCGAGCUCACCCCGAUUCUGGAGCACGAGACCAUGAGCUUCACGGCCGCCGACCGGCCCGCCAUCUGUGAGCGCGACGACGAACUAGAGCCUAGCGGCGGCCGGUCGCCAGGCGGCGUUACCGAUCGCCUGCAACUGGACGACAACCUUCACAACCUGCCUGUCUCCGAGCUCCGCAACCUGCUCGGAAAAGCCAAAGAGGAUAAGAGGAGGAUCCGAGGACUCCUGCUGGUGUUCGAGGAAGACUUCCGCUCCAAUGUUGGCCGGAAGGUUCAGAAGGACGACCGGGGCGAGAUGGACGACAUGUACUCCGAAUACAAACGGGCCAAAGCCAAAGUCAAGCUACUCGAAGUUCUCGUGGCCAAGCACCGUUCCCGAGCCUACACCAUGUGAACUGAUAGACCGGACGAUUUGGUGGCAGUGGAGCGGCUGCUUGUGCUGCCAUCUAUUGACACCCAUGACGAACUAAACUGUGGACAUCUAGCGGCGAGGUGACGAACUGAAGCUGUAUUGUGUGGCGCCAGAUGGAACUGAGUGCGGGCGGGGAGAGUGGGCCACUGCUAUCGACAAGAGCUGUACAUAUAUAUUUGAGCUGUGAGCUCGCAGAGCUGUGAUUGUGAGGGCCCGAGGGUGGGCGAUGCAAUUGUUGUUCAGCGUUUCAGGGGAUCGAGGCUUAUCGGCUCUACUUGAAUGUUGGCGUCUCGUUGGACCUUAUGAUCGCGGCGCUGUUUUGGACGUUUCGAGCGUCGCUGUUGUGGUUGGUAGACGGAACGAAGAGCAGCUGUUAUGUAUCGGCAAAGUGUGCCGUAUGUCUAGUGGUGUAUGCGUAUUAUUUAUUACAUACGGACGCUCCCAAACCAGUGGGAAUAUGGCGGGCCAGCGGCACCGGCCACUGAAAACAAAUAUCGCGACAAAUAUACGCAGAGUUGUCGUAGAUAA